CACCUGCCGGAGGUGUGAGGAGGGGGGCUCGGUGAUAAGAUGGCGGCAGGAGGGUCCUGGGGAGGUCGCCGUGGUUCCAGACAGGCUUCGGUGUAACGCGUCUCCUCGCCUCCCAGAGAUGUUAAGCCGUUUACAAUGAAUACUAAAGAGUGUGCGGAGGUCUCAGAAAACACUCACCAGAUCAAAGUGUUCCUCCCCAAGAAGCUGCUGGAAUGUUUACCCAAGUGCCCCGUCCUGCCCAAAGAGAGGCAUCGCUGGAACACCAACGAGGAAAUCGCCUCUUACCUGAUCACGUUCGAGAAACACGAGGAAUGGCUGUCUUCUGCCCCCAAAACCAGACCCCAGAACGGCUCCAUCAUUCUGUACAACCGCAAAAAGGUGAAGUACCGGAAGGACGGAUACUGCUGGAAGAAGAGGAAAGACGGCAAGACCACUCGGGAGGACCACAUGAAGCUGAAGGUCCAAGGAAUGGAGUGUCUGUACGGCUGUUACGUGCAUUCUUCCAUCGUUCCCACCUUCCACCGCCGCUGCUACUGGCUUCUGCAGAACCCGGACAUUGUGCUCGUCCAUUACCUGAAUGUUCCGGCCAUCGAGGAUUGUGGGAAAAUCUGUGGCCCCAUCCUGUGCUCCACCAACAGCGACCGCAAGGAGUGGAUGAAGUGGAGCAAAGAGGAUCUCAUCAACCAGCUGAGACCAAUGUUUCACGGCAUUAAAUGGUCCUGCAGUAACGGGAACGGGACCAGCGAGUUCUCCAUAGAGCAGCUCGUGCAGCAGAUUCUGGACACGCACCAGGCGAAGCCUCCUCCGCGAACGCACGCCUGUCUCUGCAGUACCAACCUGGGGUCUUCCGGCGGCGUCCCCCACAAAUGCAGCAGCACCAAGCACCGCAUCAUCUCUCCGAAGGUGGAGCCGCGGCUCUGCUCGUUUCCCGCUCUCACCGAGGUCCAGAAUAUCUCUUCCUCCUCUGCGGAGCCGGACCAUGGGAAGGAACGCCGAGGGGGCCACAAAGGUAGCCGCACCCCCACAGGAAGUGACCCCGGCUCCUCGCGCUCCUUCCCCGAUCUCCCGGACUCCACGCAGGCGUCUCCUCCGCUUGCCCUCACCAACGGCUUCUACGCGGAGCGGGAGCUCACGGGCGUUACCAUAACAACCACCCCGGGGGUUCCCGGCAUCAGCGCGGUGCUGGUAAUGACUGGCAUUCCCGAGAAGCCCCUGGCGCUGACCCCCAGCCAACACCUGAUGCCGGCGGAGGCAGGAAGUCAGCCGACGGCUGUGCCGGUUGGCAUUUCCCUCCUGCCCUCUCCUGUCGAGGGUUUGCUGCUUUCCUCGUCUCAGAGCUUAGAGGUGACCAUGGAGGCGGCAGCCGGCGGCACGGGGGCAUUCGAUCCGGACUCCUUCCUCAACAGCCCCAAGGAGGGGCAGACCUACGGAGGCGCGGCAGGAAGGAGGGAGUUUAAGACCGAGGCGGCGGAAGGUGGGACCGCGGAGCUGGUUCCGCAUGCAGGUGGAGCGGCAGAGUCGGGAGAGCUGGCACCGUGCGCCGAGGAGGAAAAGCCGAGCACGUCACGACCGGGAGACGACGAGGUGAAGGAAGAAGGCGGCCCAGGAUCCGAGGUGGACAUGGACACCAGGGAAGAGGCGGCUGCCGGGGAGCCGCAGGCCGAGGUGGUAUCUACAGCCAACGCGCAGGAGGAAGCGGAGACUCCGGCCACCCACAUGAGCGACCUCUACUCCAUCAUCCAGAGCGACCUGAGCUCCUCCGCCAUGCGGAGCGACCUGAGCUCCUCCGUCAUGCAGAGCGACCUGAGCUCCUCCGCCAUGCAGAGCGACCUGAGCUCCUCCGUCAUGCAGAGCGACCUGAGCUCCUCCGUCAUGCAGAGCGACCUGAGCUCCUCCGUCAUGCGCAGCGACCUGAGCUCCUCCGUCAUGCAGAGCGACCUGAGCUCCUCGUCGGGGGCUUCCAGCGUCCACAUGGAGCUCUCCACCGAAAACUUCAACAUCUCCUUCGACAGCCACUUCCCGGACCUGAUCUCCGACCUGAUGACGGAGGAGAGCGCGCCAACCGCCUACGAGCCGUACGGAGAGCCGCAGGCCCGCUCCUCGCCGGCCGACGCGGGGUAUCUGCAGCAGCCCGUCCAGCCAAUGGGAGCGCCCGCCACGUUCACCGACGCCGGGGACGCCUCUGUUCCGCUCGUCGGAAUCACUGACUUCUCCCCUGAGUGGUCCUACCCUGAGGGCGGCGUCAAGAUCCUGAUUACGGGGCCCUGGGUGGAGGACACGGACUCCUAUUCCUGCGUGUUUGAUCAUGUGACCGUACCGGCCUCUCUCAUCCAAUCAGGAGUCCUCCGCUGUUAUUGCCCAGCACACGAGGCCGGGCUGGUCACGCUGCAGGUCGUCCAGCACCAGCAGAUCAUCUCGCACUCCGUGAUCUUCGAGUACCGAGCCCGGAACUUCCUGUCUCUGCCCAGCACCCAACUGGACUGGCUGUCCCUGGACGACAAUCAGUUCAGGAUGUCUAUUCUGGAGCGUCUGGAGCAGAUGGAGCGGCGCAUGGCGGAUAUGAGCUCGUCCCACCUGCAGACCUCGCAGCCCCCGCAGAGCACGUACCGGGGGUCCGAGACCACGCAGACGUCUUCAGGAGACAGCUUCGAGUCCCGAUUGGUCGCCAUUUGUGAGAAGAUGAUGUCACAGACCUGCUGGGUGACAUCAGACCUCUUGGCGCACGAGAUGAGUUUCCGUGGCAUGACUCUGCUCCAUCUGGCGGCCGCGCAGGGAUACGCCCGGCUCAUAGAGACCCUGAUACAGUGGAGGAGCCUGCACUCCCAGAGCCUGGCCGUGGAGCUGGAGGUGGACCCCCUGAACGUGGACCACUUCUCCUGCACCCCCCUGAUGUGGGCGUGCGCCCUUGGCCACACCGAGGCCGCCUCUCUCCUUUUCCGUUGGGACUGCAGAGCGCUCUCCAUCCCGGACUCCCUCGGCCGGCUCCCCCUGGGGGUGGCUCGGUCCCGGGGCCACGUCAAGCUGGCGGCCACCCUGGAGGAACUGCAGCGACAGGAGUCUGUGGCCGGCAACUACACUGACCUGCACGGGGCUAGCUGGCACUCGCUGCUCGGCAACCACGACACCAGUAGAGGGCUCUCCCCCCUCUCCACCAGCGCAGACACCGGUCUCAGCAGUCUCCCGUCUCCUUCGGACGUGUCGGAUGGCUCGGUGUCGGUCACCUCCGCGUACUCGAGCAGCUCGGCCCUGCGCGGUUCCCCAGACUUCAGCCCCGAAAGCAGCCAGGAUGCCCCGGCGGAGAUGCCCCCCAGCCCCCCGAUUCUGGGGACCUCCUCCUGGGAUCUGGGGGACGCUGAAGGAGCCGCCCUUUUCCUGGACUCCCCCGGCAUGGAGGCGGAUUAUGGAGAAGACGCGGCCCUCCUGGAGUACAGAGAGGACACGGAGAACCAGCGCUACCUGCAGGUUGAUAUGGUGACCCUCGCCGAGCAGAUCAUCGAGGCCACACCGGAGCGCAUAAAGAAGGAAGACUUUGCGGCGUCCGAUUCCGGCCCCCUCCGUGAGCGGCCCAGUAACCUGAGCAAGACGAUGGCGUGGCUGGCGAGCUACCUGGACACCGCCGACAAAAUGCCCGGCCUGCCCCCUCACGGUGAGGGGAUCCGUGCCGCCCGUGCCUUGGCGCGUUUCGCCCAGAUGAGCCCCGGAGAUGACGGAUCCAGUCACGGGUGUCACCCCGACACGGGGCCGUUCGUGCAGCGAAGCAAGAGGGGGAGCCGGCGUUGUGCGGAGAACCUGCGCGUGAAAGUGACCCGGUCCGAGGCUCCGCCCUCCACCCCGCCCCCUCUGGGGGAGAUCUCCUUCGAGCGGUUUGAGCCCCCCGGCACGGCUCGUUGGUCGGAGUUCCUCAGCGCGUCCAGCAGCGGGCGCAUGGAGAGCGAGUUCGCGCUCCUCACCCUCUCCGACCACGAGCAGCGGGAGCUCUACGAGGCGGCACGGGUCAUCCAAACGGCUUUCCGCAAGUAUAAGGGCCGACGGCUAAAGGAGCAGCAAGAUUUGGCUGCUGCGGUUAUUCAGCGCUGCUACCGGAAAUACAAACAGCUGACGUGGAUUGCUCUAAAGUACGCCCUGUACAAGAAGAUGACGCAGGCGGCCAUCCUCAUCCAGUCCAAGUUCCGCAGUUACUACGAGCAGAAGCGUUUCCAGCAGAGCCGCCGGGCAGCUGUGCUCAUCCAGCAGUGUUACCGGAGCUACCGGGAGGGGGCCCGCGGGGGCCUGCAGCACCGCAUCAAGGGCUCCUUCCUGACGAAGAAACAGGACCAGGCCGCCCGUAAAAUCAUGCGCUUCCUGCGACGCUGCCGCCACAGGAUGAAGGAGCUGAAGCAGACGCAGGAUCUGGAGUGUUUACAGAAGAGGGGACUGACCAAUUAACCCCCAACUCCUGCGCGAGACGCGUCACUGACUGUCCCCCGAGCCGCGCAUGCCGCCGGACACGCCGUGUAUCUCUGUA